CAUCAUCGCACAUGGACGGGCUGCACAUUUGUCUGCUGGUUCUCUUGGGAGUUGUUUGUUGCAGCGAUGGUCAGAUUUCUGGAUCAGUGUUGGAGGUGACAGUCAGAGCAGGAGACAACAUCACUCUUCACUGUGACUGCAAACUUUCAACUGGAGUAUACAUAGUGUGGUACAGGAACUGCUCCCAUGAGAACCAGCCUGCUCUUGUCUUUAGAAAAAAACUUGGUUCAUUGAAGGGCGCGAAUGCUGAUGCUAGUUAUAGUUUGAGGAUUUUCCCUCGUUUUAGAUUUGUCAGAAACUUUUCUUCUGAAUCCUACGACCUGCUGAUCGAGAACAUCACUGAUGUGGAUGAGGGCCUCUACUACUGUGGAACUGAACAUCGAAAAGUUGAGGAUCAGAACUGUAUUACUAUCAGACAUGAUUACAGAUAUGGCAACGUCACAACAAGGAUCAUAUUCAACUCCAGUGAGCCUCAUAAGCCUGAGACUGCCCCUGACUGUGGUCUGUGCUGGAUGCUGCUGUUCUCUCUGUGUCCAGCAUCUGCUGGUCUCAGCUGUCUCCUCUCCUCUCUUGUGAUUUAUCAACUCUGUCAUAAAAAAGCUCAAGAACCUCAAGUUGAUCAGCAAACACCUGAAGCUAGAGGUGAAACAAGACUGAAUCAGGAUGAAGACGUGUGUUACGCUGCGCUGGAAAUCCGCAAGCCACCACAGAGACCAAAGGCGAAGAAAGCCAGGAGUUCUGACUACAGCACCUAUUCUGCCAUCAAUACUUUGAAUGUGCAGAGCUCCUAAAGCCCCUGCUCCUGUUUCAUUGCUUCGGAUUGACCGUGCCAUGAACCACGGUGUGUACAAGUUCAUUCAUUCUUCACAGAAUAUGUGUUCCUCAUGUAUCUUAUUUCCUCACACCACACGUAUAACAGAUUAAAAAUGGAUGAGCUGUAAUAUUAAAAAAAACCUUCAGAUAAAAAAACUGUUUGUUGUUUGAUUACA